AUGGCCAAGCGAAUCGUCGUCACCGGUGGCUCCGGCACCGCGGGCCAACACGUCGUCUCGUACCUGCUGGACCAGGGCCACGACAUCCUCAACAUCGACCUGGUGCCCUUCCCCGACGCCCGCCUGGCGGACCGCGUGCACACCCUCAGGGCCGAUCUCACCGACAGCGGCCAGGUCUACAACGCCCUGUGCUCCCACUUCCACCUGACCGAGCCCUUCCGCGAGCCCCUGCGCCAGCUCCCUGACGCCGUGGUGCACCUGGCCGGGUAUGCGCGCAACAUGAUGGUGCCCGACAACGAGACCUUCCGGGGCAACGCCCUGUCCAUGUACAACAUCGUCGAGGCCGCCUCCCGCCUGGGCAUCCCCAAGGUCGUCCUCGCCAGCUCCAUCACCGUUUACGGGGUCAGCUUCGCCGAGGGCGAGGUCGACUACCCCGCCUUCCCCGUCGACGAGGAGGUGGACGCCAACCCCAUGGACACCUAUGCCAUCUCCAAGGUCUGCGGCGAGCGUGUCGCCCGGGGCUUUGCCCGCCGGUUCGGGUCGGACAUCUACGUCCUGCGCCUGGGGCGUGUCGUCGCGCCGCACGAGUACACCGAGGCCAUGUUCCGCUCCUACGUCCGGGAGCCCCGGCGGUGGCGCGCCCACGGCUGGUCCUAUAUCGACGCCCGCGACCUCGGCCAGAUGUUCGACCUGGCCGUCCGGAAGGACGGGCUGGGGUUCCAGAUCUUCAACGCCGUCAAUGACACCAUCACCAACAACGCCUCGCCGACCGCCGAGUUCUUGAAGAGCGUCUGUCCCGACACCCCCAUCACGCGCGACAUGGGCCCCGACGAGGCCCCCAUCAGCAACCGGAAGAUCCGGGAGUUGCUCGGGUUCCGGGAGAAUCACCCGUGGCGGAAGUACUAUCCAUCUUAAGGAAGAUGC